GUUACUUAGCAACGUACUGUACACCUCAAGCUAAAACUUGAGCGUCAACAUUUGGACAAUUCACCUACCUAGUGUUUACAUUAUGUUAAAAGAACGACAUUGAAUUGUGAAGGCCUUGAAACUACACUUGUUCCAUAAAAUGGCAAAGUUUGUGCUGGCCGGCAAAACAGACUGCCCUUAUUAUGCCAAAGCAGAACUUUUGGCGGACAGAUUACAGAAUUCUUUGCCGAACUUCAGAAUUCACAAGAUGUCAAUCCUCCCAGAUGAAUGGAAGGACUGGCUGGAAGAAACGUGCACGAUGAACAGCUGGAGCCACGAAGAGUCUCCCCUGGUGUGGAGAGAGCUGGUGCACCAAGGUGGCAAAGGGGUCUACUUAGGGGGCUUUGGUGACUUUUUAGAGCACUGUCAGAAGUACUACGAUGUCACAUCCAACAUGGCCGAAGAGUUGAUGCUGAGCAUUGCAGCAGAAAACCUUGUCACCAAGCUGGACCUUAUUGAGGAGGAGCAGCAUCACGCCAGCCUUAUCCACCCGCAGCACGUAUGGAUCAGCAGCGCCCUGAACCCCACAUGCAACUUGCUGAUCCCCAGUCUGCUCUCUGCGGAGGUCUUGCCUCAAGCGUCAAGCGUCAGUCUCCAUCUCCUGGACGUGGACGGCGAUGAGGAGGAACUGCAGUCGGUGAAGAUGGAGACUGAAGACCUGGCUCUCCCUCUGCUCCAUAAGGUGACCAUCCACACGGAUCUCAAAGAUGCCUUCCAGGACGCUGACAUCAUCCUCCUGCUGGAUGAGGGCUGGUCUCGAGAGGAUCCCUGGACGGACCAGGAGGAAGCAUUGAACAUAAAGGCAGUAGCAGACCUGUACUCCCAAUAUGGACAGCUGAUCGGAGCCAAGGCAAAGGCGGAGGUGAAGGUGAUCGUGUCCAGCGACUCGCUUGUCAACCUCAGGUGCUCCUUCCUCCUGGACGCAUGCUCUAUUGACAAGAGCCGUAUUGUUGCCAUGGCAACCCAGCUGGAGAAUAAAGCCCGAGCUGCCAUUGCGAACAAGCUGAAAGUGAGGACCUCAGAAGUGAGCGACGUCAUCGUGUGGGGAGACGUGGGAGGCAGCUUCCACCUCGACCUGCAGAGGGCAAAGGUUUUUAAUUACGACGGCCCCGUCAAAGGACCGCCUUUCUUUUUCCAGCCCGUCCUUGAGAUCAUCUACGACAAUGAAUGGCUGGAGACCACCUUCCUGGACUUGGUGCACAGUCGGCAGCAAGCUGUUGUUUCAAAGACUUGCCGUGGAGCUGACAUGUCAACUGCCAACGGGGUCCUCACCCUCCUGAAGGCUUGGAACGGGGCCUCUAUUCCGGAUCAGGUGUAUUCCGUGGGGGUACUGUGCACAGGCCAUUACGACCUCGCUGGCGACGUGGUCCUUUCAGUUCCGGUGACCUUCGCAGAUGGGCUCUGGUCCGUGGUGCCUGACGUCACAGUCGGGGAUGAUCUGAAGCAGAAACUUCUUCUUUCUGCAAGUGAACUCAGGCGAGUAAAUACAGGACAAGAUGGCAAGAAGCACUUUGUGGUAACAGAUGUUCCUCGCAGGAAAAAGAUGUCCUCGCAGGAGAGCCCAGGAGGUGAAGAAACCGAAGGUGUCAGCGUGGAACAAAAACCAUGACGUGACUUUUUGUUUUGUUUCAGUUUGUUCUUUUAUUCUCUGACUUUCACAUGUGGAGCUGCAGUUUUUAUUUACCCGUUUGCGUCCAAUAAACCUGCUUAUCCAGUGAAACGUGGUCUUUUGAAUAGCUCUCAAGAUGUAAAAGAUCAAACUGAGUACUUUGGUGGAAAAAAGAGAAAUUAGAAAAUAUAAUCCUUUUUUUAAGUUUACAAUUCAGCAAGUUUUAUGAAGCAUAAUUGUAAGCACACUACCACAAAACACAAACUGCUAGCCUCCGAUGUUAUGAACAUUUUUUACAGUUGCGUUGUAUUGAAAAUGAGGACAUAGCAAAACAUUUAUUCCUUUAGUAGGAAAAUAUUGACUUUUAACCUGAAACAUUCAAAUGUGUGUC